GGAAAAUAUUUUAACCCUGAGCUACCUCCCAGCCCAAGAGCCUUUUUGCCCUUUGGAAGGCUGGGUCUCACUGUGUUUCCCAGUCUGGCUUCAAAUCCGUGAUACUUCUGCUUCCUGAGUGCUGGGAUUACAGGUGCUUAGAGAUGUUUCUCAUGAAACUAAUCCUUAUCUGAGAAUUGGGUGCUUGAGGAAGAAGAAUUGACACUGGUUUUGGGCUCCUUGAAUAAGCCUUCACUGCGCCACUCCCGGCCAAGAUCUGAGCACAUUACCUGACAUCUCUUCAUGAUGGGCAUCGGGAAGAACACCACAUCCAAAUCUAUGGAGGCUGGCAGUUCCACAGAAGGCAAAUAUGAAGAUGAAGCCAAGCACCCCACUUUCUUUACUCUUCCGGUGGUGAUCAAUGGUGGGGCGACAUCCAGUGGUGAGCAGGACAAUGAAGACACUGAGCUCAUGGCCAUCUACACUACAGAGAACGGAAUAGCAGAGAAGAGUUCUCUCGCAGAAACCCUGGACAGCACGGGCAGUCUGGACCCACAGAGGUCAGACAUGAUUUAUACUAUUGAAGACGUUCCUCCCUGGUACCUGUGCAUAUUUCUGGGAUUGCAGCACUACCUCACAUGCUUCAGUGGCACGAUUGCAGUGCCCUUUUUGCUGGCUGAUGCCAUGUGUGUGGGGUAUGACCAGUGGGCCACAAGUCAGCUCAUCGGGACCAUUUUCUUCUGUGUGGGAAUCACCACCCUGUUGCAGACAACAUUUGGAUGCAGGUUACCCCUGUUUCAGGCCAGUGCUUUUGCAUUUUUGGCCCCUGCUCGAGCCAUCCUGUCUUUAGAUAAAUGGAAAUGUAACACCACAGAUAUUUCAGUCAACAAUGGAACAGCAGAGCUGUUGCACACGGAACACAUCUGGUAUCCCCGGAUCCGAGAGAUCCAAGGAGCUAUCAUCAUGUCUUCAUUAAUAGAGGUCGUCAUUGGCCUCCUUGGCCUGCCUGGUGCUCUACUGAGGUACAUUGGGCCACUAACUAUUACACCCACUGUGGCCCUCAUCGGUCUCUCUGGUUUCCAGGCAGCAGGAGAAAGAGCAGGGAAGCACUGGGGCAUCGCCAUGCUGACAAUUUUUCUAGUGUUACUAUUUUCGCAAUAUGCCAGAAAUGUUAAAUUUCCUCUUCCAAUUUAUAAAUCCAAGAAAGGGUGGACUGCAUAUAAGUUACAGCUUUUCAAAAUGUUCCCGAUAAUCUUGGCCAUCCUUGUGUCCUGGCUGCUCUGCUUCAUCUUCACAGUGACCGAUGUUUUCCCUCCUGACAGCACCAAGUAUGGCUUCUACGCACGCACGGAUGCCAGGCAGGGCGUGCUUCUCGUAGCCCCGUGGUUUAAGGUUCCAUACCCAUUUCAGUGGGGCCUCCCCACCAUCUCCGCGGCUGGAGUGAUCGGCAUGCUCAGUGCUGUUGUAGCCAGCAUCAUCGAGUCCAUCGGGGACUAUUAUGCCUGUGCUAGGCUCUCCUGCGCCCCACCACCUCCCAUCCAUGCAAUAAACAGGGGAAUUUUCGUUGAGGGACUCUCCUGUGUUCUCGAUGGCAUAUUUGGUACUGGGAAUGGCUCUACUUCAUCCAGUCCCAACAUUGGAGUUUUGGGAAUUACAAAGGUUGGCAGCCGCCGGGUGAUCCAAUAUGGUGCAGCACUCAUGCUGGGCCUGGGCAUGAUUGGCAAGUUCAGUGCCCUCUUUGCAUCCCUCCCAGACCCUGUGCUUGGAGCCCUCUUCUGCACACUCUUUGGAAUGAUCACAGCUGUUGGCCUCUCUAACCUGCAGUUCAUUGACUUGAAUUCUUCCCGGAACCUAUUUGUGCUUGGAUUUUCAAUCUUCUUCGGGCUUGUUCUUCCAAGUUACCUCCGACAGAAUCCUCUGGUUACAGGUAUAACAGGAAUUGAUCAAGUAUUGAACGUCCUUCUUACAACUGCUAUGUUUGUGGGAGGCUGUGUGGCUUUUAUUUUGGAUAACACCAUCCCAGGUACCCCGGAGGAAAGAGGAAUCAGGAAGUGGAAAAAAGGCGUGAGCAAAGGGAAUAAGUCUCUUGAUGGCAUGGAAUCCUACAAUUUACCAUUUGGCAUGAACAUUAUUAAAAAAUACAGAUGUUUCAACUACUUACCCAUCAGUCCAACCUUUGUAGGCUAUUCAUGGAAAGGCUUCAGAAAGAGUGAGAAUAGCCGGAGUUCAGAUGAAGACUCCCAGGCCACAGUAUAGCCUUAGCUGGCCCUGUGGCCUGGCCACAGUGAGGCAUGUAUCUAUAGUUCCUUGCUGAUAAAAAGAAGAUCUAUGUUUGUAUAUCUACAUUGACAUUCUAGACCCCAGAGCUAAGACAGGUUGCACAUUGCUCUUCUGAUGUUUGUAGUGAUUGUGUCUAAUAUGGUAUCUCACCUAACUCCUUAUUUAAGCCCUCAACCCCUUGCCCUUCUAGUGUCCAUUGCUGGCCAUGGUCACUGAACUUGCAUUUACAGUCCUCUCAUGGAUGUGGCUGUUUGAAAUCCACAGCAAUUCCUUCUUUCAGUUCCUGGUCCUUACCCUCUCACCACCUCCCUGCAACACCACCACCAUUGCUAGCUUUCCUACAAGCCACUUCAAGGCUCCAGGUGCUUCUUCCUGUUAAGCACCAUGACCCACUUUCUUGUCACUUGACUUCAACCUGAGUCUGCAGAGACCUCCUCUGGCCAAAGGGCCACCAAUAUCUUCACAGUGUCACAUCAGCCUAGUCCAAUGAGAUUCCACUGUUCCUGAUACUCCUGGAGGAGGCUGUUGACCUGAUGGAAAACAGUGACCAUGGCUGUCUUGUAUACAGAUGUGGCCAUGGUAGGGUCUGCAGUGAUGAUGCUGAAUGGGACACUGCUUAGGGGAUUGAAAGGGAAUGGAAAGGUCCUUGAGUCAGCAGGACUCUCCCUGUUACCCAGCUCCAUCUGGGCCAGCACAGUUCAAUAUCAGCUUCUUUUAGUGAUUGAGACACCCUAUUUGGCAUGUAUCACUGCUGGCUGGUAUGUCAAGUAUAUGCCCACAUAAGUCUUUGGUAUCUUGGCUCUGCUGUCAUGUGGAUGUUAUUGUUGUGUGUGUCUAUAAGUAUAAGGUUUUAUUCCUAUUUAAUGUAUUGACUAUAGCAGAUUUUUGAAAUCAGUGUUUUCCCUCUUUCCUCACAUCCCUGCUCCUCAUCCCCAAAAGAGAAGAACCAGCACCUGCAAUGCUGUGGACACACCAUCAGGGACGCUCGUCAUGGCUGGUGAAGGCCAGUGACCAUUGUGGUUGUGUUUUGUAUUGCUUGAUACCAUGGAAGUGUAAAUACUGUAAUGUCUAAUCUAUUUAUCAAAACUGACUACUGGACCAGAACCCAGAACCCAUGGGUCAAGUUACAUGUGAAUUUGUUUUGUGAAGAAGGGCAGCUGGGACAGGCAACAGAGCUACCAUGUUAAAGUGCCCUCACUUGGAGAGUCAUUCCUCUCAUUGUCCUGCUUAGGUUACUUCUGGCAGAUACGGCUUACUGAGACUUGAUGUGAGUUGUCAUGUUACUUGUCCACUGGAUACAGAUUUUGCAGAAGGGAAGGGUAGAUGCCUUAGCCAAAGGCUGCCUUGUUAAUUUGUUGUAGAAGAGGGUGAAUGAAGAAGGUAAACAGGCACCCUCUGGGAGGAGUUCUUAAAACACUAAAUUGUUUCUAAUGAUGAUUUCUAUUGAACUUGGCUUGAAGUUUUUCAAACCAAAGGAAAAACGUGACACAUAAAAUAGCAAUCUUUUUUUAUGAGGCAGUGUGUCUUAAGCACUUGCUGACGUGGCUGAAAUUGAGAUGGCAAUGGGCAUUCCUGUGUCCGUGGUAGGGUCAGCAGCCUCCUGUCCACAGUAUGCAUUUCUGUGCCUCAGCCCCCAGGCUGCCUUGACAUCACCUUGCCAGGUCUUUGGUUGUGUCUUGGCAGCCCUCCCUUGACCCCUGAACAUUUUUUAAGAGAACCUCAGAGCCACAGUGUUGUUUUGCCAAAAUCUUGUUCCAGAUUAAGUAAAGAACUUGGAUCCUAAGUUGCAUUUAACUUACGUAUGUUUUUGUGGUGUGUGUUCAGCAUGCAGUUGCUUUAGAAGCUCAUUGGUGAGCAGUCUCCAUUCCGCUUACCUUGGUGCACUCAUGAGAUGACAGGUCUCCUGCCCCGUGCUGUACUCAGUUAUUUCUGGUUGCAUUUCGCUCAGUAUCUCCACUUUCUCUGUUUUGUGAGAUAGAGGAAGCUGGUGAAUAUCCCAGAGGCUUGCUGGACUCUAGUGUUCCCAAGUGAGUGGGACACACAGCUCUCCAAGUGGAGGCAUAAAAACCAUUGGAAAUUCAGGCCCAGGUUCCCUUCAACUUAACUGAUGCCUGUGCUCCUGGUGAGUCCCACCUUGAUGUGCACAUCAGAUGUCUAGAGGACUUCUUCCUUUAGAACCAGAUUUGACUAGACUUUAGUAUGAGGCUUGAACUCUCUAGCCUUGGCAACCACCCACAUGGUAAAGGACAUCUUAGGUUACACCUGCCUUUGGAAGCAGUGUUUCUACCCUUCUUUGUCAUAUUCUGUCCAAGGAGAAGGACGGGGACAGAAGGUGGGGGAACAAAGAGCAGCCUGACCUGAUAUUCCCAUUUUGUGUGGAACUGUGUGCACCACCUUGAGUGAGUGGUGUCUCCUGAACAUCGAUUGUCUUGUGUGUGCAGUACAUACUGCCAUGAACCACUUAGGAAGCAGUCCUAGCUGGCAAACAUGCUACAGAAUGAAAGUCUGUAAUUAAGAAAAAAAAUGAGCCGGGUGUAGUGGUGCACACCUUUAAUCCCAGCACUCGGGAGGCAGAGGUAGGAGGAUUGCCGUAAUUUCAAGGCCACCCUGAGAAUACAUAGUGAAUUCCAGGUCAGCCUGAGCUAGAGGGAGACCCUACCUCAAAAAGCCAAAAAGUAAAUAAAUAAAUAAAUAAAUAAAUAAAGUAAAAUUUGAUAGCACAUGCCAGAAGGGGAUGUUUUAGGGGACAGGGUGGCCACAUGUGUCCUGUGCCCAAUAAAUAUCCUGGUCAGGCCACUGACCUGCAUUGCUUGGGCCGCCCACUGAUAGACUUUGUUUUGCCAGUGGAUAGAAUACUUUGGAUGUGAACAUACUUGUACGGCACUCCUUUUCUACUUUUCACAGUGACCACCUCCCUUCAUCUGUACUUGUGCUGUCCAUAGAAAGGAGGAAGUGUUAAUAAGAACAGACAUUUGACAGGUACACUGGUGGGGAGACCCACCUGAGCUCAGAAAAUAAUGAAAGUAAGUGAUUUUUAUUUUCACUAGGGAGUUAAACUUAGAUUCAUUGUUACAUUUAUUUUUCAGAAUCUUGACAGUUUCCAGUGUCACCUUUUAGUUUCUUAGGGUUUGUCCAGACAAGAGAAUUGGCUUUGCCAGGCCAGCUGGAACAAAGCCUUGUAAACCCUGACUGACGGUUUCCCAUUUUCGUAGUAACAAAUCCACAUGCAGGAUCUGCUUCCUACUGUAGAAUGCUCUCAUGAUGACAUCUUGGUUUGUGCAUGAAUAUUGCAGUAUUUCCAUGUAGUAAAAUAACAUUUCCGCCCAGGAUAAUAGUUUUCCAGGAAGGGAAUGAUAUAAUUUUCAUGACAAUGUCAUGUGCUGAUAGAAUUUCUCCAUUGAUGAACUCUAGUAUGUGUGUAUACUUUAUUUCCCUAUAUGUAUAUCUUAUGACCGUGAAAUAAGCUGAAAGUCUCAAUUUAUAUCCCUGCUGCGAUAUUGAUAUUAGUAACUUAGAUUUAAACUUGGCAAGUUUAAUCUUCAGUAUGUCAGUGCCACCUAGACGGAUAAGUAGCAGUGGUGGAAGCCUCAUUCCAAAAUCUGGCCAGCAGAGAGCAGCAUCCUGCAGGUGGCUGUGCUUGGGCUGCCCAUUCGGUUGCAGGUACCAGGCUCAGUGAGACUCAGAAUGAGCCCAACUAUUGCUGGAUGCAAGCUGUGCAACCUGGCUGUGCCACCGCACACUGGGCGAGUGUACAGUCCCUGGACCUGGACUUUCCCAGAGCGGCUAUCCCCAGGGAACUGGCCCUUGGCUUCAUAGAGUGCCCGGGGCUUCACAUGCUCUCAGAGGUGUGUCCUCUGUUCCCUUAUGGGCAUCUUAAUAGGGCAUCUCCCAAACUCUGCUCUUCCUGCAGUCAGAACCCCAAUAGUGCAGGAAGACUGCCCAUGUUUGCCAGCAUUCAGCUUCCACCCAUGGAUCCCCAAAGCACGUUAGCACUGGGGAUUCAGUUUUAGCAGCCUCACAGACAUUCCUGUCCUUCAAGGAUCUUGUUGACAGCCUCGUCACCCCGACAUCCAGAGUCCUUAGAUUGCUGGCAUUUAGGACAUACAUACCAGUCAGUGUUGCCAUCUGGCAGUUCAAUAAAUACCCUUUUCUGUUUGCUCCCAGUGACCUUUAUUUGACACAUUAACAAAUUUCUGAUUGUGAAAUUUAAAACAGUGGAGAUGCCUCUAUUUUCAUUGUUUUUUGUGACUGACUUUGCCUAUAUAACUUCCUGGGGUUUUAUUUGUUAUUUUUAUUUUGCCUACUGAGGGUAUUUGGGGUGGGUUUGUUUUUUGAGAUGUGUAAUUCUUUUAUGGAGUUUUUAAAAAAGAAUUUUCAUAUUGUUUUUCUAACAUGGCUUCAUUAAACGUUUAAGUAUUUUAAAAUAUGUAAUAUUUGGACCAGAUGUUGUGAAUAAUAGUAGAGAUAAAGCUAUUUUAUUCUGUAUUUUUAAAACUGUUCCGUACAAAUAAAAGCUCUCCUGGAUGUA